UUGCUUGCGUUGUGCUUAACAUCGUCGGCCAGUCGCAGGCGCUCCUACACGUUUGCGCCUUUUCUCGGUGUGUCUCUCGCCUGACCACGUCGGGGGUCUGCCUACACGACUCUCAAGCAUCGCGCGCAGCAUCGUCUUUUCUUUGUCUCGCGCAGCAGCAAAUCCAGCAGCCCACGGGAAAGAACGCACUGCGCCGCGCCGACUUAACCCACAGCGGUGUGCGCGCACGAGUGUUGGUGUCGCGUCCGAAACCGUCGUCGGCAUACCGAUCAUACUCCGCGGCUCCCGCGCGCGCACAACUUUAGUCGGCUUCGAGAGACGCAAGCGAGCAAGCGGUCUGCGCACGAUAGUCAAGUCGCUUGCAACAGAAUUCUAUAAAAAAAGAGACGCGCGCCGCGCCGCGAGACACCAGCAUCCCUAGUGCCGGAGAAGCGGGUAUUGCAGUAGUAGUAGACGAAUUGCCUGAUCGUCGUGUGCAUCGCGCAUCCAUGUGAAACAAAACGGACGGCCAAUUGCACGACGAUCCGACGACUAAUUCCAGUGGUGGAUUAUCGCCGUGGACGAGACGCUCUCUCGCACGACGGGGUUGCCCAUCAGCAACCACACAGACCGUAAUUUAGCGACGAGCCGAGAACGCGACAGAUAAAAAGAUGUGCGACCAGACGCAGCAGCCGCAGCCCAAUCAGGCGACCACGCAGAGCAUAGCGGACUAUUUAGCGCAAUUACUCAAGGAUAGGAAGCAACUCGCCGCUUUUCCCAAUGUCUUUCUUCACGUGGAGCGUCUACUCGAUGAAGAAAUAGCAAAAGUGAGGGCGAGCCUGUUUCAAAUCAAUGGCGUCAAGAAGGAGCCCCUCGUGCUGCCAGACGCCGAGGGCAUCGUCACCACACUCACCGAAAAGGUCUACGUACCAGUCAAAGAACAUCCAGACUUCAACUUUGUGGGUCGGAUCCUGGGCCCGCGCGGCAUGACGGCCAAACAGUUGGAGCAGGAAACCGGCUGUAAGAUUAUGGUCAGAGGGAAGGGCUCCAUGAGGGACAAAAAGAAGGAGGAUCAAAAUAGAGGUAAACCGAAUUGGGAGCACCUGGCCGACGAGUUGCACGUCCUGCUCACCGUCGAGGACACCGAGAAUCGCGCACAACUCAAAUUGGCGAGGGCAGUGGAAGAAGUUAAAAAAUUACUAGUACCUCAAGCGGAUGGUGAAGAUGAACUCAAGAAGCGUCAAUUAAUGGAGCUAGCCAUCAUCAACGGUACUUACCGCGACUCGAGCAGCAAGAGCAACUCAGCCACAGAUUAUGUUGUAGCUUGUGAAGAUGAGUGGCGCAGGGCGGCGAUAUCGGCGGCGGCGGAAACGCAACGCCUGCUGUCACCGGCGAUACCCGGCUUGACGACACCAAUGCGAACGCCCGCCGUCGGCGCCCCUUUAAUUCUGUCGCCGCGCAUGAGCGUGCCGACGACAGCCGCCUCCAUCCUCAAUGGCAGUGCACCCCCCGGCUCACUGCUCAGCCCCGGCGAUCCGCAUAGUCUUAUCUACACGCCCUAUGCGGACUACACCAACUACGCGGCGUUGGCGGCGUCGCCGCUUCUCACCGAAUACGCCACGGCCGAUCAUUCCGGUGGGUUAUUUGCUCGUUGAACAUUUUCUUUCUUUUUUACCACGUUUUUUCUUUAAUUUUUGUUCGCUCCAUUCUUGUUUUAUUUUGCGGAACUAGAAUUAGAUAUAUGUCACAAUAUCAACACAAAAAUCGAGGGAAACACAAAUCGUCAAAGUGAAAAUUUUCAUUUUACAUGGCAGACUAGGACAUUUUUUAAAUUCUAGUUUAAUCUCUGGCAGUAGUUAAGUUUCUAAUUAGAAAUUUCACACGCUUUGAUCAAAUGAAAGAGCGAGAAACAAGUUUGUCUUGUGCGUUCGUUACCACAGCCGGUUACACAGUGCCAUAAACGUAUCAAAAGAGCAAGCAAACAAGAAAGAUAUGCCGAAAGGAAAACAAGCAGAAAAAUUGCAUGAAUUUUUGAAAUCUAAUUUUAAAAAAUCUGUGAUAGUUUUUAAAAGUUUAUAGUUACGCAAAGAACGACGCUACAACUGGAGGCGCGUUAUCGACAGUCAUUUAUACAAAUUACAGUAAUGUUUAUUUAUUUACUUUUCUUACGUACUUUGAGAUUGCUUUAAUGGAGCUUUAUUUUAAUGAGAAUAUCGUAAAUAUUGUUCACGUGGCCUGCUAGAAAAGCUUUAAGAGUAAUAUUUGACGGUAAGAUUCUUUAAGGAUCACAUCACAAUCCGAUUUUUUGCAUUUUUUAAAACCUAUAUAAAUAAUUUUUAGGAGUAAGCUUAGGAAAAUAUUGUUUUGUUGGAAAUUCACUGGUGAAUCUUCACAACUUUGAAAUUAUUUCAUAGUAGAUAGGAAUUUUGGUAGAGUAUUAUCAUCGUUACCUCAUUCAGCUUAUAAGCAGCAUAUUAUUGUAUCGUUUUUAAAGUAAUUGGUAGCUAAAUAAUGCCGCAAAAUGUCGAAAUUUUCGUGCAGGAGAUGAAAUGAUCAUUUUGACAUGUUGAGGACUUUGACCAAUUUGAAAUGCUAUAUGUUGUUAUGAAUUUUUGUAGCGGCGGGAGCGGUAGCGGCGGCGGCAGCUGCGAAGCAGCGCCGGCAUCUGGGGCAGGUCCGAGAGCAUCCAUACCAAAGAGCGGGCGCUCUGUCAUAAACAAAAUAACUCACACACUCGAAUCUCAAAUCGAAUCGGUACACAAUUGCUGAUUGACGAUUUGCGUUCAGCAAUCAUUCGCAGUCGCGAAGCAAAACACUCAUGCAAAGACAAAACGAAAAUUAUAUAAUUGUAACAUUAAACAAGUAUACAUUAGGAUCCUCUCGAAUACAGCGGAGGAAUAUAGUUCUUUAUUUAAAUAUUUUAUGAUUUCAACAUGAUCAAGCAAUGCGUAAGCGAAAUUCUCAAUUAAUUCAUCAUUCAAACGUGUAAUGACUUAUGACAAGAUGUCGCCCACUCUUUCCGCCAUUAAACUCUCGCUCGCCCUUUCCGGAAAAUUCGCACACAAAGUCAAUGAAAUUCCGUUGCCAAAAAUCUAAACGCAUAAGGUUAGUUAUACAAACCGUAUGUUUGUUUUUAAUUUUCUUCUCUUUAUUAUUAUUAUGAUUUUAUUCUGUCUGUUGUUAUUUUGAGUUUUUGAGAGAAAGAGAUUAGUUGUUAGUUUGUGAAUGUGCUGCAUUUCUAAUCUGGUUGUUUUCAAUGACGAAUUGAUUUGGUAUUUGACGAACAAAAACAUAAGAAGCAUAUACGAAACAUUUGAGAAACACUUUUAGUGUGUAUGUACAUAGAUACAACGGGCGGAUGUACUUUCAUACUUACAUGAAGCAAGUAGAACAAAAUAUUAUUAAAAUGGCGACUGUGGUGGACAAUCACAGGUCGCAGUCUUUUCAAAGGGCCAUUAAAAUUAAACUUAAUAUUAUUAUUAUUAUUACUAUUAUAAUGUAUCUUGGAUUUUACAUUACUUGAGACAGUAUUUCUUUAUAAAUUUAUAUUGAUUGAAAAUUGUUUCGAGUGUUUGAUCAGGCGUAACAGAACAAAAUGAGAACAUACACGGGUUGUGACAGUUUUAACAAAUAUUACAAAGUAUUUAUAUAAAAAAUAAGCGGGAUACAAACAAACCGAGACAAAUAGAUAGUGUUUGUAGUUGUUAUUGAACGGCUCUCUUUUAUUUUUAUUUUAUUAUUAUUAUUAUUGCAAUAUGUUAGAUGUUUUUUCUUGUUUCUAGUUCUAUUUUCUAUUAUGUAAGAUAAGCGUUAUCGAGCUAAAAUUUAAUCGUUCUUAAACUAUAAGACUUUAAACAUUUUAAAAUUUAUAUACGAUUAUUACGUACACAAUACACAAUAUUGCGAUAUGCCUUAUCGGAAAAGGAAAGAAGGACUUUCCAUACAAUUAAUAAUUCAUCUAAAUGCCAUUUUAAUAUUUAUAGCAACGUAGAUAUUGCGCGGUUACCAUACAACAGGUUUUAUUUAUAUUUAAUAUCAUAGACUGAUGCUAAAUAUUGUAUACUUCAUUCCAUUAUAUCGAGAGUUGUGACAUUCUUAACAAUAACGCCCGCAGAGAAGUAUACGGUAUAGGCGCAACCAUACCUGCAUAGUACAAUGGCGUACGUGUUGGGUGGGUUGCGGACGAUUAACACUAGCUAGGUGUCCGUUUCGCAUUUAAAAAAAUGAUAAAAUUUUCGUUUUCUUCUGCCCUAUACAGAAUAUCCGUCUGACUACAUGUACGAAACCGCAAAUCGUAAACGAGUCUGGCCGAACGUGUACUCAUUUUAUACCCGAAAUAGAUAAUGCCGGCCCGGCGAUUAUCUAUUAUGGAGGCUCCGAUGCGCAAAAGAAUGUAACAACCCAAUGUUUUGACAAUUUGACAUUUUACUUGGAUUGGUACUUAAUCUUUACACUAAUUAGUUGAGAUCGAUAUAGAAAACAAAGCAUCACGUGGCAACUAGUCUUCUAAAAUUUACAUUUAUAUAUAUUUAUAUAAAAUAUAUAUACAUACAUACGUAUUAUUUCCUUAGGAUUGAUUUUUACUUAUUGAUUUAUUUUACUCUACUCUGCAAGACGAUUUUACUUAUUUAAACUUUUGUUGAGCGUUUUGUUUAAAUUUUUCAAAUUUUAUUAUUUUGUGAUAUAUCCACGAUAUGUUAGGUGUGUUCUCGUAAUGAAUGAACAUCUGCUUUGAUUCUACGAAACACAAUUGACACAUUUUUUGUACAUAAUGUUUUAUGUUGUUAGAGAUUUUUGUUAAACUAGGCAAAGUCCUUCUUUCUCGUGAAAGUGGCAUUUUUAGCAACAAAAAUCAAACGCAUUGCUCCGCCAUAUUCAACACAUCACAACAAAAUAUUUAAGGCGUGGGAGGGCAAUGUGUGUUGAGUUAUAUUCAUUUAUACACUUAGUGGUUUAGUUCUUAUUAUAAAAAUAUCUAUAUCUAUUUUUUGUAUUUAUGUUGUAUAAAAAAAUGGCGCGCACAUUUCUAAAGUGUGACAGCUAUCGCCAUGUUUUCUCUGAGCGAUGAAACGUAAACAAACGAAUAUAAUAUAUUUGUACAAAAAAAGUUACCGAGUUACUUUAACACACGACAACGCCAAACAGUUAACAAAUUGAUAUUCAAUGAUUACCUCCCCGCAAAUCGACGAUCUUCUUUUCUCUUGAUUCAUCUCUUGCACAUUUAUUCUCAUACGUUCACAUUUAACACGAUUUUCAACUUUUAACGUUUAACAAGGUACCACGUAAAAUAAUCAUUAGUUUUACUAAUUGGACAAAGAGUGAACGAGGAUGAGGAGAUGGACGACGACUUACAUUGAUAUCAUAUAUAUUAGUAAUAAUAAUAAUAAUAUUAAUCGAUUUGAACCGAACGUAGUGGAUAACCAACAACUAUCACUAUCUGGCCAGAAUAAUACGUAUAUAAUAAUAAUCACCAUUUUAUUUUCUAUAAUACAUUGUCGCAACCACUAAAACUUGAACUAAACCACCACAGAAUAUAAUAUAAAACUUCUUAAUUCUUAGAUUUUACUAGACUUUAAUGAUUUAAUGACUUAUUGACUUGAUUUUUGACUUAAUUUUAAUCAAUCGCUGACAGUCUGCCCAAAGGGACAGAGAGUAUUCAGAAUUGACGUAAUUCUCCAGCGAUAAUUCAUUAAUAAUAUUAAUAGUUUGCAUUUUGGCGAACAUAUGGAACGAUAAGACGUGCCGCUGUUCUAUGUACUAUAAUUACUACUAUAAUAUUGCAAAACGCUACUUAAUUUUUUACUAUGUUUCGAAAUAACUUCAAAUAAUUUCCGACACCGUUCGUAUCACAACCAAGCCAAAAACACCGUUUAAUAAUAUUUUUGCUUACUUUGUUUUUGUUUGUUGAUUAAUUCAAUUCUUAUUAUUGCGAUCAACCUCUUUCUCACAUUUGGGUAGCGUGUGUGUGUGUGUGUUUGUAGGCUUUAUUUAUAUGACGACAAUCAUCGAAAGUAUAAACAAUGGGAAAUUACCUUAACCUAAAUUAAUCACUUUUAAAAUGGCACUUUUUUAAAUUGUUUAUUGUUUUUGCUUUUGUUGUUGUCGUUAUCAAAUUUGUAUGUGAAUAAUGUAUUUAAUUAGGUCGACAUGUUGAUAUGAGACGAUUUACUAACAUAUUUUCUUCUCUUUUUUAACACUUCACCAUCGGCGAUGAACGUAUCGAACGUAUGUGUGACCUAAUCAAACCAAAACAAACAAACAAAAAACUAUCCGCACUAGAAUUCCUGUUACGGCUGUCACCAUGCAUCAAAGUGCAAUAACCGCCAGAUCAUCAUCGCCGCAGCCGCCUCUUCGAGUGCCGGCGACGACAAAUAACGCUGUAUGGGGAUGCGGGCUGAGUAUGCUAACACCCAAAAAUCAAAACUCUCACAGCCUCUACUAGUACUACUGCAAGUUCGAAUUAACCAUAACACCACUUAGUACUACUAAUAAACAAACACAUCAUCAUGACGAAAUGACUGUAUCAUCCUUCUGGGGGCGGAGAGUGAGGAAAAUGGCGCAUAGAAUUUGCGACGUAAACUAUCGAAAAACGAAAAAUCAACGAAACGAGUCGAUGUUAUGGAAUAGAAGAGAGCUGGAUUCGCCACAACAAACUGGUCAGUACACGUUUUAUUGAUUGUUUUUUUCUGUUUCUUUUAUUAUGCGAAAAACAAUCAUCUUUAAUUACAAUUAAAUCUGUUAACUUCUGUUACGCAUUGUUAAGCUAAUGUAAUGAACAUCUAACGGACAAAUCACGAUACAAUAUUGAAGUACAAAAAUUGAGGAUUUUUUUGAAACAACAAGUGCCAAGUUACAAUUUAUACAAAAAGAUUCAGUGCCUUAAAACAAACUAAAAAAAAUAUAUUUAAUCAAUAUAUUGUGUAUAGAGGGAAAACUAAUAUUUGCUAAGAUUUGAUAUUGAAUGUAAAAAGAAAGUCUCUGUAAAUCUUGUGGACUCAUCUUUCGAAUACUUAUUACUUAUAAAUUAUGUGUGUUUACUGUGUGUAUGUGUUGUUCAGCUUUAAUUGAGAGACAUUAGGCACAUAACGAAGUAAAAUUAACGAAAAUAAUACUCAGUAACUAUGGAUCUAAAGAAGAAUAAUUUUAUUGCUAUAUAUUAUUACCUAUAUAUUAAAUGUUUAUUAAUACCUAAAUAGGAUGUAAUAAUGAUUCUAAUGUUUGUUAGUUUAUUAUUAUUAUUUUGCGAUUGCGAUAUUUGGAUUUAACGUCGGAGUGCAAUUAUUAUUCUAUCUUAAACAGAUAUUUUCUAAUUUGUGAAGAGUUUAUUUGACAAUAGUUGUAUUGUUUUCAUAGUUUUUCUUUCUCUUUUGGUUUAUUUUACUUUUUCUUUCGAUUUUUUCGAAAUGUGAGUGGAGUGUGUCCGUGUGCAAUCAAUCGUUGAAGCCGGAAGUAAAACCAAGCGCCAUUUUUAUUUUAGCGUCUUGAUAAAUGUCCAGUUAAACUUUAAACUUUAAUUAACCUUAACCUGUACUUGACGCUUGUGUUUUGCUUCUGUUCUUUAUGCGAUAUCUCUUAAUUUUUAGUUAUUAUUACACUGUUCGAAUGUGAACAGUGACCGAGCCCCCUCUUGAUUAUUUCUUACCGUCUAAGGUUCUAGAAUGUACUUAUGAUGAUGCGAUUAACGGUUUUAUUUUUAUUUGAAGGAGGUGCAGAUUUUUUUUCGACUUUACUUGAAUAUGAUCAAUAUGUAUCUGAGCAAUAAUCAAAACAAACGAUGGAUGAAUGAAUUGUUAAGUUGAGUGUUUGUUUUUGGCGUGUUUGAUCCGUGCGAAAAGUCUGCAAUAUAACGAGAGCAAUGGCAAUGUUAAUGUUGUUUGUAUUACUUUACUUAUUAUUAUAUUAUUACUACAUACUUAUAACUUGAAUUAUUAAAAUGAAAUAACAGAGAUAUAUUUAUUAAAACACGCAUACGAUCGCAAUGAGAAUCAUUGGUAGCUAUUUGUAAUUUAAUCGCAAUUCUUGAUAAUUAAUAACAAACAUAAAAAACGCUGUGGUUGAAAAGAAGCAACAAAACUAAGCAAAGCGUAAGCGAAAUGUAACAAAAUUCUAAUGAUAUCGUCACGACGAUAGAUUCUAAAUGUGUCAUAUUAAUUAUUAAUUACAUAUUAUUGAUGAUGUUUUAUAUAAUAUAUAAUAAUUAUUAAAAAAAAGAGAGUAGAUAUUUUAUUUGCUAGAUUUAUGAACUUUACUAAGAACACUAGUGUGUAUGCAAUAAUAAUUACAGCAAAAUAAUGAGAAUAUUGCAAAACAUUCUCGCAGUUUUGUACAUUUUUCACCUUAAUAUUACUUAUUUAACAUUAAGCUGCUAUGACACACACCGACAAUAAUGCUGGUUAAUGUUGUUAACAAUCACGCACACUGAAUAAUUGAGCGGCAAUGUUUUUGUAAUGGCAAUUAAUCAUUUAACAUGUACGUGAGUGCGCCUGUAGUAUCUUCAUUUGUUGAUUAACAGAUUGAUGCGUCUCAUUAACAUUAUAACCAUAAUCGCACAAUUCGAUUAACAACACACUCAUGCACUCAGUACUCUCAGAACGGCUUUCAUAAAAUGAUGCACAAAGCAAAUUGUAAUAUUUAUUAAUUUGGUUAUAUUGUAUUAUAUCCAUAACUAAGUAAUCUGUAAUUAACAAUCACUAAUCGUAUCAAUAUCGAAUAUCUUUCGUUAAUCUCGAGUUAAUAUGGAUCUGCACGUGAAUUACUAGUUAUGUUAAUGCGAUUAAUAAUUGGACAGCAAUUUGAGUUUCUUUAAUACUACCAAAUAAUGAUUUGUUUGAAUUUAUUGUUUAUAAUAAUGGGGGUCUUUAUUCUUACUUUAUGAUUAAUUUUAUCUUUCGAUAUAUUUGUUAAGAAAUAAAAUAUGUUUAAAUGUGA